AGAAGUGUUGUAAGAGCAACUUCACUUUCGUGUCGAAUAAUUUUUUCAAGGAUUGCGAAGAAAAUAAUUUUUUUUGUUAAAAUUUAUUUUUUCGAAUCGAACAAAGAAAAUUGUGCCGCAAAAGUAAAUCGGGUCACCGGACAACGCAAACUCUGACAUACGGCACUUCCAUUUACAACAAGUUUAACAAGUUUUUUUGCCAAUUAUUAUUUUUGUUGUUUUUUUUUUUUGCCAAAUUGAAAAACAAGUGAAUAGCAAGCACUCGAUCUCCAGGCCGUUUAAACCCUGUGCGGUGCAGUCAGAUAUAAAAAAAAAUCAGCAAGUAAUUCCACCCGGCCGCCAUUUACACACAAGAGAAACGAGAAACGAAAGAAACAGAAAAAGCUUCGCUCGCUCGCAGCACAGCACAGCACACACUCACAGAGAACACGGACACAGACAAACGAUAGCGACAAGUGAAUCAGCGACUGAUCGUCUCUCCUCCGGGCAGAAGCAGCGUGAAGAAUCAAGAAUCUAAUCGAAAUCAAAUCAAAUCGCCACAGAAUCAUCCACACACGGCCACCAACAUGCAGAGCGACUUUCACAGAAUGAAGAACUUUGCCAAUCCCAAGUCUAUGUUCAAAACCAGUGCUCCCACCACCGAGGGUGGCAACCCGGUUGCCAACACAGUUGCCCCUGGACGCCCGGAGCCCACUCCAGCAGUUGCUGUUGCCGACCCUGACGCGGAUCCGGCCCCGGCCCCGGCAACUCUAGCUCAGCCUAAGGAUGAGGCCAAGCCUACCGAGGCCGGUGACGAUGUUCGCACAGAGCAUCUGUUCAAGCACCCUCUACACAACACAUGGACUCUCUGGUACUUGGAGAACGAUCGUUCAAAGUCCUGGGAGGACAUGCAGAAUGAGAUCACAAGCUUUGAUGCCGUCGAGGACUUCUGGAGUCUAUACAACCAUAUCAAGCCUCCAUCUGAGAUCAAACUGGGCAGUGAUUACUCGCUCUUCAAGAAGGGAAUACGCCCCAUGUGGGAGGAUGCUGCCAACAAGCAGGGCGGUCGCUGGGUGAUCACCCUCAACAAGAGUUCAAAGACCGAUUUGGAUAAUUUGUGGCUCGAUGUGUUGCUGUGCCUGAUUGGAGAGGCCUUUGAUCAUUCGGAUCAGAUUUGUGGUGCUGUCGUUAAUAUUCGUGCCAAGAGUAACAAAAUCUCCAUUUGGACAGCCGAUGGAAACAACGAGGAAGCUGCUCUGGAGAUUGGCCACAAGCUGCGCGAUGCCUUGCGUCUGGGACGCCAGAGCUCGCUGCAGUAUCAACUUCACAAGGAUACCAUGGUCAAGCAGGGAUCCAACGUGAAAUCUAUCUACACAUUAACUUAAUCGUAACAUAUGUCCAAGACCCCCGAAAUGAAAAAGAAACCGAAACCGAAACAGAAACAGAAACACUACUACGCUUUAACAUCGUUGCAAAAAUCGACCAACACAACAUCAACCCGUAUUCUGUAGAAAACAUUAUUGGAACAUACGAAAAAUAAACACGCGUACACUAAAAAAGGAA